AUGUGUUUUAAUGUUCGCCACAAUACGCGCGAAGACGAAGAAGAAAAACUGUGCGGAGACCUCGAAGUUACGGAAACCUUCGGCCUCCACAAGAACCACUUCAAUGAUGUCCUAUCCGCCUCCCUACGCAAAGACUGCGCGUGCGACGUCACCUUUGGGGCCGGUCAUCCCGUUCACGUCCUGGCCAAUGCAACGAGCUUCAACGGGAUCCCUACCCUUUCUCAGCUGGUUCUCAAUGAUGGCGUGACUUUGCUUCAGCACAGCGCUAGAAACCAAGAGGAACUUGCCGCGGCUUUGAAGAAUUGCCAGUUGGAAAAGAAGAUGGAUGUGGGACACGGCGACUACAGUUCAUCUUACGAAGGUGCCAACGUCUACAAGCAGGCGUACGUGGUGAAGACGGUCAAAUAUGUGUACCCAGCGCCCUCGUAUGACUACCAGCCAAGUCACAGCUCGUACCAUGCACCCGCAUACCACCAGCCAAGCUACAGUGCUUCGUAUUCACCCCCCAGUUACUCUAGGCCGAGCCACUAUCCGAAAUAUUCCGCCCCAAGCUACAGCCAUCCCUCGUAUUCCAAAACAAGUUAUAGUGCGCCUGCCUACUCUCCCUCAAUGUUCAGUGCAGCUCAUUAUUCAGCUCCAAGCUACAGUGCACCUCACUAUGCAUCCCCUAGCUACAGUGCGCCUCAUUAUUCUGCUCCAAGCUACAGUGCACCUCACUACACACCCCAUAGCUACAGUGCACCUCAUUACCCUGCCCCAAGCUAUAGUGCACCUCAUUAUGCAGUUCCAAGCUACAGUGCUCCCCACUACUCUGCACCAAGCUAUAGUGCUCCUCACUAUUCCCCACCAAGCUACAGUGCACCUCAUUACUCUGCCCCAAGCUAUAGUGCACCUCAUUACUCAGCUCCGAGCUACAGUGCUCCCCACUACUCUGCACCAAGCUAUAGUGCUCCUCGCUAUUCCCCACCAAGCUACAGUGCGCCUCAUUACUCUGCCCCAAGCUAUAGUGCACCUCAUUACUCAGCUCCGAGCUACAGUGCUCCCCACUACUCUGCACCAAGCUAUAGUGUUCCUCACUAUUCCGCACCAAGCUACAGUGCUCCCCAUUACUCUGCCCCAAGCUAUAGUGCACCGCAUUACUCAGCUGCAAGCUACAGUGCUCCCCACUACUCCGCACCAAGCUAUAGUGCUUAUCACUAUUCCCCACCAAGCUACAGUGCUCCCCACUACUCUGCCCCAAGCUAUAGUGCACCGCAUUACUCAGCUGCAAGCUACAGUGCACCCCACUACUCCGCACCAAGCUAUAGUGCUUAUCACUAUUCCCCAUCAAGCUACAGUGCUCCUCAUUACUCUGCCCCAAGCUAUAGUGCACCUCAUUAUUCAGCGCCAAGCUACAGUGUUCCUCACUACUCUGCACCAAGCUAUAGUGCUUAUCACUAUUCACCACCAAGCUACAGUGCCCCCCAUUACUCUGCCCCAGCCUACAGUGCCCCAACCUAUGCUCCCCCAGCCUACAGUGCACCGUCGUAUGCUCCCCCAAGCUACAGCGCCCCGUCGUACGCUCCCCCAAGCUACAGCGCUCCAACCUAUGCGCCCCCAAGCUACAGUGCCCCGUCAUAUGCGCCACCAAGUUACAGUGCCCCGUCCUAUGCUCCCCCAAGCUACAGUGCCCCAUCAUAUGCUCCCCCAGCCUACAGCGCCCCAACCUACGCUCCCCCAGCCUACAGCGCACCGUCGUAUGCUCCCCCAAGCUACAGCGCCCCGUCGUACGCUCCCCCAAGCUACAGCGCUCCCUCUUACGCUCCACCGAGCUACAGUGCCCCGACCUAUGCUCCCCCAAGCUACAGUGCCCCAUCAUAUGCCCCCCCAAGCUACAGUGCCCCAUCAUACGCUCCCCCAAGCUACAGUGCCCCAUCAUACGCUCCCCCAAGCUACAGCGCUCCCUCUUACGCUCCCCCGAGUUACAGCGCUCCUUCUUACGCUCCUCCCAGCUACAGUGCUCCAUCACCGGCGCCGAGUUACGCCGCUCCAGCCCCGACGUACGGCGGUCAGCGAAGCAGCGGCUACAAGAACCGGUAUCCGAGCGGCGACCCUGCCAACAUCGAAUACGACGCCACGUACGAGCCCAACCCGGGAUACGCACCACCCGGAUACUCGGCUGUCGUGCCCGCCUCGGAAUACAGGCAGUACAAGGCAUAA